CGUAGCAAUCAGCUGCCCGGUGAAUCAGCUGAGCACCCAGGACCAGCGCUGACAGGAACAAGCACCAGGAUCAAGGGGGGGAAGACACGAAGAGGAAGAGGGUAGUGGAGAAGGAGGGUGUUCUGAAUCAUGGUUGUUCUGUGCCCGGGGGGUGGAAUGCCAGGCUUGGUUCCUGCCAUGGCGGGGCAGAGGAUCCAGAGAGACACCCCCAGCAGGACAGCGUUUCACAAGCUUUCUGCCUCCAAAGGAACCCAGAGGAAGGGAGUCAGAGCGAGCAGACAGGGAGAGCAAGGCAAUGACACACAGACAGUUCCAGAGAAGAGAGGAAUAGUCUGUGGUCCUUCCCUCACCAAAUCAGCCCAGAUCAGAAAUAUCCUGGGUAACUCUGCAGAACCACAUGCGCUAAACGUGGACGAGAGGCUGAGGCUGGCACGGGAGCGAAGAGAGGAGCGAGAGAGAGAGCUCGUGUCACGGGAGCUUGGCUGGUUGGAGCGUGAGGAAAGGGCCCGGCGCUACCAUGAGAAGCAGCUGGAGGAGAGGAGGAAGAAGCUGCUGGAACAGAGGCAGAAGGAGGAGAAGAGGCGCCAUGCUGUUGAGGAGAAGCGAAGGAUUGGGCUCAAGGCGGAAAAGGAGCGCUGUGAGAGUGCAGUACGCAGGACACUGGAGAGGAGCCAAAGAGCCAACCAGAGGCUUCUCCAGACCUCUCGAGGAAGGAAACUCAUCAAGAACAGCGUGUCAUGCCACUCCAUGAAUGCAAACAACACCUGCAAAGCCCAGCAGCAUCGUGGCCCAGUAGACCACAGGACCACCGCCUCUCCCAGUCCGGCCAGAACCAACCACAGAACCAUUAACCUGGCACAGGUGAAGGCAGGACAGAUGCAGACACAGCACAGUGAGAAGAUGUGGAGCGGUGGAACUCCCCAGACGGCUGGCGCUAACAUUAGAGUGAGGGCAGAAACAAACGCUGAUAACAGAGCACGAUCUUCCGGCAGGUCUGUCAUCAGACACGUCACACCAAAGCAGACGGAGCUUCCCACAGUUCCCGAGGAGGAGGUUGCUGUCGACUCAGAGUCCCUCUCUCCUAGAAACCCGCCGGCAAUGACGCCGCCAGCUGUGUACCGUCAUGAACACCUGGAAGACAGAACUGCAGUGAAUCCACAUCCCACCUCUCCGGAACGCCCCACAGUCACCUCGUUCAGAAGCGAGGGACUGGAAAAUCACUUUCUGGGAGCUGCGACCCGGCCGGCCGCUGGCACCAUGGACCCAGAAGAGGCCUCUCGCCUCCUGGCCGAGAAGAGACGAGAAGCGCGCCAGCGGAAACAGAGAGAGGAAGAGGAAUGCAUGAGGAGGGAGGAGAUAGAGAGGCAAGGCAGGGAGGAGCUGGAGCGCCGGAGGGCGGAAGAGCAAGCGCGGCUGCAGGCCGAGGCCCAGCGGCUGGUGGAGGAGAGGAAGAGGAGGGAGGAAGAGGAGCAGAAACAAGCUGAGGCAGAGGAAGCGCGCAAAGCCAUGGAGAAAGCUGCACUCCUCCAGAAACAGAGAGAGGAGGAGCAGGCCCGCCAACAGCAGAGGGCCGAGCAGCUGAGGCUGGAAAGGGAGAAGGUCUUCCAGCAGGAGGAGGCGGAGCGACAGGCCAGGAAAAAGCGACUGGACGAGAUUAUGAAAAGAACAAGAAGGCCCACUCCGUCUGACAGGAAACCUGCACCGUCGGAGAACAUGGUGAAGGAAGUUCAACCAAAGGAGAACACAGAGCCUGUGCUGAAUGGCACCAUAGAAGAAGUGAUGAAGCUGCCGGUGGAGGACAUGGUGCCCGUCGUGGCCUUCAAAGAGCGCAGGUCUCUGCGACCGCUGGGCGGCCUAGAGGAGAUACAGACCCACCACCGAGCAGAGAUCAUCUGACCAGCUGUCGGACGAGGUAAAACACAGACCGUUCCAGCUCUGCCCCCGAGGCCUCUUUCCUGCCCUGCACUUUUAGACAGCAUGUGAAAACACAAUCCUAUAACUUUGGGGACUCCACCUUAUUGGAGUUUUUCAGCCUAGGAACACACAUCACUAUCCAAAUGUGGGCACAUGCUUGGGUCAUUUAUGUGUAAAACAGAUUUCUCUGUUUAGUGCAAUGUCAAAGCCUGAACUAAAGAUACUACCUGUCUCAUAGAUGUAGGUUUAGAUGCUGGUAUGAUGAAUUGACUACAGUAUGUUGGUAAACACAGUGCAGUAUUGUGGAAUAAGGAAUUUCCUUCGUAAACAGUUCAUUACUCUCAAAUGACAGUUUUACAAUUUUUAAUGGUUUUAGCCAUGAGCUCAAGCUUAAUCCUGAUAUUUCUUGACUAUGCUGCUAUUCAAGCACUUUCCUUGCAGUUAUAUGUUGGUUUUGGGUAGUUGUAACUGUGUUCGCUUUUUCAACAGUGUAGCUUAAAGUGGAUGGAGCC